AGCUUGACGUUUCAUUCUGAAAAUAAACAUCUCGGCUUUGAUUGUUCUUCGUGUGUGUCUACGUAUGUGCAUUUAUUUAAGCUUAUAAGUAAAGUUAGAGAUUAAUUGAAUUAUAUAAUAAUUUGAUGACGCUUUGUUAGCUUCAACCGAUGUCCGAUACCUCAUUGCAAGCACACCAAGCCCCGAAGGAAGAGCAACCGCCGUCCAAGAUACCUGAAUCCGUAAGGAAAAUAAUAUCAAUGGAAAAAGAGAAUGAGUCAAAUGCUAACCGAAAAUCCAGAAUUGAUCUCAACGCGCUUCCUACUCGCCAGUACCUGGACCAGACUGUUGUGCCAAUAUUGUUGCAGGGGCUCUCCGCACUUGCCAAGGAGAGACCCCCAGACCCUAUUAACUACUUAGCAGCGUAUUUAUUGAAGAAUAAGAGUACUUUCGAAAGUAACACCUCUGCCAAUAACAACCCACCUCCAAACCCUCAACCAUAAUACUCUAUUAGCUACAUAAUUGGCAGCGGAAACAUGCUGCAUAGUAAUAAUAUGCAUAUUGUAAUAGAAUCCCAUUACUGGUUAAUAUGUUUGUGAAAAAGACUAAUCUACUUAACAAAGUAUGUCAACAACAAGACUUAAAUAGAAAUAUAAUAUUUGUUACAACUGUAAUUAGUUAUUUAAACAUGUUCAUUAUUCUUAAGGUGAUUGGAUUGCAGUAUGGUGACCUUAUCUUUAGGCAUUUGCCUUAAUACUGUGUGACUAGCAAUAAAUAAUGAUGUGUUGUAUGUUUGUUAGUGUCAUUGUGUGUUACUGUGGUCAUCUGACAUUUUACUGAUUACACAGAAAUGUCCCUGCUCAAUUUAAAAAAAGAAGAUAUUUGUUUUAUAUCAUUCUCAAGAGAAACAUGUGUUUUGAAUUCAGAACUAUUCUUCCUGCCCUAAACGUGAUGAUAGCAUAGUUUGGAUAAACUAUAGAUAUUAUAAUAAUAGUUUUUAUAACUUAUCUGUAUGCAUGUUAUUACUGGUAAACAUAGUCUUAUGAAAUAGCAGUGUAUUCACACUACAUGAGCCUUAUAAAACUAAAAUAUAGUCAUUUAAUGUUCUCAAUGAUGCACAAGAUGAAUGAGUUGAAUGUAGAAGUAAUUUUAUUUUGCUAUUUAAAAUAAAUAAUCUAAGACUUA